CUAACCCCUCCGCCCCGCUCGCCCUCCCCCUCCUUUCCCCUCCGCCGCGCCGGAAGUCGGCCGGCCAUGGAUUCCCGACCCCCCACCUCCGGCCCUUCAGUCGACCCGGUGGAUCCCAUCCCCAUCCCGCUCGACACGCUGAUACACUUCUGGAUUCCCAUGGGGCGCGGCCCGGACGUCCUGCUGUCCGUCGAUGGGUCUGGGAAGACCUUGCGGAGCUGGCCGGACGGUCCUUGCGAGCGCCGGGCGACCAUGCCGGACGUCGCCACCUCCUUCGGCGAGGGCCCGCUCGUCCUCGUCGAGGUGGAUGUUGAUGGGAGUUACUUCACCAGAACCCACCUCCCCUGCUGCGCCUUCCGGUCGUGCCCUAGCUUGCAGGGGAUCAUCAACAGAGUCUGCUCCACCCUGGGCCGCCCCUUGCCCUUCUGCUAUCGGCCGCCGUAUCCGUGCGGGGACGACUUUGUGGCGUCAUUGGUGAACCCUCCUCGCCUUGGCGUCAUCGCCAAUUGCCUCUCCUCGCCAUGCAUGUUCACCCUGCACCUGCAUAAUUGGGGAAUCGUGUUUUACAUCAGGCUUGAUCUUGCCGGAUUGUACCACACGUAUCCUCAUGUGGCUGGUGGCCCAUUUCAGACCUUAGAGGAGGCCUACUCUGCGAUCCAUGCCGACCUUCAAGACCGACGGGAUCCCAGAAUGUUCAUGUGUCAGCCUAAUGAUUCUCAAGUGGAUUAUGUCAUACGCCAAUGUCUUCACUGGCCUGAUGGCACAAGGAAGAGGCGUUUGAAAUCAAAACCAAUUGAUGAAAUACGUGAUCACAAGCGCCAGUUGGUUCAAGCUUUGGUGGACAAGUAUAACGAUUAUUUAGGGGAUACUGCAUAUGUACUCAAAGAUGUUGUGCAGUAUACAUCAGUUCGUUCGCCCGAUUGCCAAAAAAUUACCAAUCAUAUCAAUUUCACUGCAAGGGCUAAAGGAACUGAAGAUUCUGACUGUUCCAUGGAUGACCUGUUCUUUGCUGAAGUCACGUCUAUGAUGGGAGAUGACAAAUUAGUGGUCAGCUGUUUCUGCAGGGUUAAAACUACUGACAACGCACCCCAAUGUUGCUGUAUACUUGCGUGGUGAAGCAGGCGCAUCUCCAUUUGGUGGACCUGUUAUAGCCCGUCAAGUUGUUGAGGAAGAUUUAGAAGCCGAGGAGAGAAGGGUCAGACUUCACUACGAAAACCUGGUAAUUGCAUAUCUCAGUGGGCCUUGAUAAGCCAGGAUAUUUUGACGAACUGAGAGCAAUCAUGUCAGGAGGUUCGGUUAUGAAGGAAAACUAAGAAAGUUUAGUGAAACUCUUGUGUCGUGACUGAAUUAUUAUGUAUGUUUUUAUUUUUGAACUUGGCAUGCUGUUGUAGUCAGCUGUUGGUUUAUAUAUAGCGAGCGAGCUAUACUUUCUGAAGUAGUUUUUGACUCUCACAUUUAAUGUGUGUUUUUUUCAGAGAGACACCUGUAAUUUUAUUAAAGGUACAUCGAUUUGGAUCUAAGAUCCAAGAAAAUACAAAUUAACUCCUAUGACUAAGAAUUA